CAGUCACAAACUCUGACAAACCACGUGUAAUAGAGCAAUAAGUUCACGUACCACAACGUCCUAUCAUGUUAUCAUUUUCCAACACCACCACCACCGUUUCACCCAUCAUAUAACAAAAAUCAUUUUAAGACAGAACACACUUUAACUAAUAGAUGGAGAAACUCUCUUACAACUCCUAUCCAGACUCAACCGACUCAUCUCCUCGAUCUCGCGAGAUCGAUUUCGAUAACCCUCCGCCAUGGGAUGAUCACAACCACCAGAGCUACAAAGUGAGGUUCAUGUGCAGCUACGGCGGCAAGAUUCAGCCACGUCCUCACGAUAACCAGCUUACUUACGUUAACGGAGAGACCAAGAUUCUCUCCGUAGAUCGCGGGAUCAGAUUCCCCGUAUUGGCCUCCAAGCUCUCCGCCGUGUGCGGCGGCGAUGGAGAUGUUUUGUUUAAGUAUCAGCUUCCGGGAGAGGAUCUAGACGCGUUGAUCUCCGUUACUAACGAUGAUGAUCUUGAGCACAUGAUGCAUGAGUACGAUCGCUUGCUUCGUGUGUCGUCUAAGCCGGCGAGGAUGCGUUUGUUUCUCUUUCCGGUUUCUUCCGGUGGGUUUGGAUCGGAGGGUUCGUCUCAUUCUCAUUCGGAUCGUGAUCGGUUUGUUGAGGCGUUGAAUACCGUUCGUAACCGGUCUGAACCGGAGAAAACCGUAACCGGUCCGGUGAAUAGUGCGGAUUUUCUGUUUGGGACGGAGAAAGUUGCUGCUCCUCCGCCGCAGCCACCACCGCCUGAGGUGAAAUUACCGGUUCCGGUGGUGCUGGAGCCUCCGGUUCACGGCGUAACUCCGGCGGAGAUGCAAAAUCAAAUGCUUGAGUUUCAGAGGAUGCAAGUUAGGGAUCAAGAACAGUUACUUCAACAACAAGAAGCUGUUUAUAGAAGGAAGAGUGAUGACGGUUUAAUCUUCUCUACGCCGUACGCACCUCCGCCUCCGCAGCAGACGGCGGUUCCACAAAACAGUACACAAGCGCCUCCAAUGAACUUCUGGCAAGGAAACCACUGUAAUCCAGGAGGCGUGUAUCCAACAACCGCUCCGGGAAUGGGAUUACCGGAGCAGCCGGUAUACAUGGUUCCAGCUCCAGCUCCAACUCCAACACCACAUCCGGGAACUGUAUACCACGCGCAGCCGCAACAACAACUUCAAAGCGUCAUGAGACCAGUAGCUCCAGGACAAGGCAACCAAGCUGGCUACUACCCUCAGGCUUACAGGGAACAGCACCAACCGGCUUACAACGUAGCUCAACCACAAGUAGGAGCAAGGGCACCACCACAACAGCAACAGCAACCUCCUCCGCCUUUUACCUCCGGUCCUCCUCCUCAGCCGCAAUACUCUGCGGUUCCACCGCCACGGCAAGUCUUGGGAUUACCAGAUACAACGGCGUAUACUCAGGUGAAUUACGCAGGAGGAAUGGGGAAACAAGUUUACUACACGGAGGCACCACCUCCACAGUACCAUGGAGGAGUUGGUUUACCUGUGAAUGGUAUGAGCGAAGUGAGAACCGGACCAGACGGUAAGCCUGUUGUUAUGAACAUGUCACCCAAAGUUUCAUCACAGAGUUCAGAUUCUGCAGUGUGAUGAGGUAAUCAGAUUAUUGUUUAAAACCAUUUCAAGUUUCAUCAUCAUAUAUAGUGUACUUGAGAUUACUUUGGUAUUUGAAUGUCUCAUAAAUAAUAUUUACCUUUUUUUUUAA